AUGCGUACAGCUCGAAUGCAGACCGAGGCUUUCAAGCCAUCAAAGCUGCUACUCGCCAAAAGUCCGGAGCAGCCAGUCCGGAAAGAAGAGCACCAGCAACAGACGGUCUUCGUCGACAAGCAGGCAGAAGAAGCCUGCAUCGUGUUUCUCCAUCAAGGAAACCAGCAUUCGGAGGUGGCUGGGGAGGCCCCUUCCCGACUCUCCAUUGCCACCUUGGCCCGGAGCCGCCGCGACGAAGGCUUCAACGCGGAUUUCAGCUACAAAGCGGUUGGCUCAUGGAAGACUUCUAAGAAAACUAUCCUCACCCCGCGGAAGAUUGUGGCUACCACCAAGCACCCGGAAACCAACAUGAAACUGGAUCUCACGAAAGCUUCCGGUAUAGAAGACACGCAGGGUGUGCAUGCCAGCAUUAUGGCGCAGUCCUACACCGCCGAACCCAACAGCCGCAUCAUCGCUGUAUCUGAUGACGGACACAAGAUCGAUGAGGAGCAAGCUAAGCGGACAAAGCCACAGCAACGACCGCACCCACGCCGGUCACACCGGCGACGACAUCGACGACUUCAGCGCGGGUGGCUACGGCGGAACGCUGUUUGGACGGACUUUAACCAAAAGGGGCUUCCAAUGGACAUUUCUCUCCACGCUGCACCCCAGGACGACCCACUAGCACGCCGUUUGCACUCCGACUGCCACGAGGCGGCGAGGACCAGCCCGUUGAGAACCAGCUCAUGGGUGAAUUCCAGCCUUACAAAACUCGAGGAAACCAGCACACGAUCGUCUACAGGCUUUGAGGUGUCAUCCUCUUCCUCUUCCACUCUAGAUCCUCAAAUUUUCAAUGCCAUUAUGCAACGCCAUAGCACGCAGCACUUGGGAGUGGAAUGCAGCCAUGUCAACACCGUGAAAGACAUUGACCAACGCAGCCAAUCCGCACACAAAAGCAGAGAUACCACAUCAGUCUACAGGAGGAAUUGGGAUACCGCAGGGGCCGUGAAGCUGGAAACGGCCAGGAAUAUCCUCGAACAACCUACCCAUCUGCGCCAGCUGAAGCUGCCCCCUCGGGACACUACAUACUACCCUACCUCGUACGCAUGCAGCGCCCUUGGAUUACGGAACGACUAG